AUGGCACUGAACUCGCCUCCAACAAACUGGACGGUGCUCAAGGGCUCCGUCGCCGUCUUUGACAACCUCUCAUACGAUGUCAAGAACAAGAACGGCACCACCCGCCUCGUUGACAAUGUCUCCGUAAAGGUCUCUCAGGGUCAAAUGCUCGCCAUCCUCGGCCCUUCCGGCGCCGGCAAGUCGACUCUGCUCGACAUCAUGUCGUUUCGCAAAAGGGCCAUGGAUGGAGGCAGCAUCCGCCUUAACGGUACCAACAUGACCGCCUCCACCAUGUCCGAGGUCUCGUCGUUUGUCGAGCAGGACGACGAGCACUAUGGCGUCCUCACUGUCCGUGAGACUAUUGCCUACGCCGCUCGCCUGGCCAACACGGGUCGCACCAGGGUCGAGACGCGCAUGCGCGUGGACGACAUUAUCUCUGCUCUUGGUCUUCAGUCUUGCCAGAACCUCAAGAUCGGUACGCCCAUCCAGCGCGGUGUCUCUGGCGGUCAGAAGCGCCGCGUUACCGUCGGCACCGGCCUCGUUACCUAUCCUCGCAUCCUGUUCCUUGAUGAGCCAACCUCUGGCUUGGACUCGGCUUCCGCUCGCGAAGUCAUCACGUCCAUCCGCCGCAUUGCCCAAGCCGAGGGUAUCAUCGUCAUCGCGACCAUCCACAGCCCCAGCAUCGACACUCUCCAGCUCUUCGACCAGAUCAUGGUUCUCGCCAAGGGCCGCACCGCCUUCCGCGGGUCCUUGAGCAACGCCGAAACCCGCUGCCUGUCCAUCGGGCAGCCCAUGCCGGCGUUCCACAACCCUGCCGACCACCUACUCGACCUCGUCGCCACCGAUUUCGGGGAAGACGACAAGAUGCCCAUCCUCCAAGCACUGUACAAUGCCCAGAGAGAGAUCGAUUUGGCCGAUAGCACGAGUGAGCACUCGGCCGAGACGCCCAACGAGAUCACCAUCGCCCGCAAGCCCUUUAUGCACAACCUCGCCGUCGUCGGUGUACUUUCCGAACGCACCGUCCUCAACUACGCGCGCAACCUCCUGGCCUACGGCGUCCGUCUGGGCAUGUACAUCGGCAUGGGCGUGAUGAUCGCGACGAUCUGGAUUCGCCUCGGCGACUCUGACGGCAUUAUCAACGACCGUCUGUCCGUCCACUUCUUCUCCGUCGCUUUCCUGGCAUUCAUGAGUGUCGCCGGUAUCCCCGCCUUCUUGGAGGAGCGGUCCGUCUUCGUCCGCGAACGCCGUAAUGGCCUGUAUGGACCGACCGCGUUCAUUCUCUCCAACACGAUCGUCUUGCUUCCCUUCCUCUUUGCGUGCACACUCUUCUACUCACUCAUCAUCUACUGGGCAAUCGGGCUGCACCCGGGAGCAACCAACUUCUUCCGGUUCCUCGCGUUCCUGUUCCUGGCUCUCCUCGUCGCAGAGGUGCAGGUACAGCUCAUUGCGGGUUUGGUGCCGAUCUUUAUCGCUGCGCUUGCCCUCACUGCCUUCAUGAACGGCUUCUGGAUGUGCGUCCAAGGCUACUUUAUCCGGGCACGCUCUCUCCCCCGCUUCUGGUUCUACAGCUUUCACUUUAUGGACUUCCAGACCUUUGCGUUUGAAAUCCUGGCAAAAAACGACCUCUUCGGUGAGGUCUUCAAAUGCAACACGGGUGUGUUCCCCGACGGCUCGUGCCAGUGCGCGUACCCACCCUCGGCCGCCACCAUUGCUCAGUACGGCGAGUGCAAGGUCACUGGCCAAGAUGUCCUCCACUACCUCGAGUUCGCUGGAAUCCCAGUUGGUGGAUACACUGGCAUCCUCGUCGGCAUCUUCGUCAUCUACCGCACCCUCCUCUGGGUUGUGCUCAAGAUCCGCAGGUCUUAG